AUGUCUGCGUAUCCGACAUAUCAAGUUGAUCAACCGAUAGCUUCUGGAUCAAACACUCAUCAUCAACAUCAUCAUCCUAACUCAGUACCAUAUCCUCAAUACCUAUAUCCUCCUCCUCUCCCUCCCCCUCACAACCAGAAUGACCAAUGGCGUACAUAUAACUCUGGAGUACCUGUACCGAAUUGGAUGAAUUGGUCGGUCGCGCCAUCAACACCAUCUACUUCAAACGUCUUGCAACCUUCAACAACAUAUGAAAACACCAAUCAAAACCAGAUCAUCCCUUGUGGAUAUCAUGAUUUGAACGCAAAUGCAAAUAAACAGAAUGUUCCGAAUGAAUAUCCUUUAUCAUCGACAAUAUCUAAUUCGAACAGAACGGUUUCCGCUUAUGUUGAAGAACCAGGAUAUUUAGAUCAUCACCGUCAUCAGAAAGAUCAUCAAAAAGCAGAUACGCACUGGGCAGGACCUGCUACGAAAAUCGAUCUUGGAACCGGUAAUAGAUUUCAGGAACUACUGGAAACCAAAAUGUCAUUGAUGGCAGGAGGAUCUCCAAUAACCACACCAUCCAAUUCACACAUGUCAACUCCUCCUUCCAUUCCACCAUCAUAUAGAUAUGACCAUACAGCCGAAUACCCCUUGCCACAGAUUCCAACUUAUCCUAAUCAUACACCAAUAACUAAUUACUCCACUUCUACCUCACCUUUACCGUAUCCCACGAACCCUUCAACGAGUUAUGACGUACCUCAAUCUCACGGUCACGGUCAAAACCUUACACCCACAGGGUAUCCUGGAUCGAUGAUCUCUUCGAGAGGUCCAGAGACUCUCUCCGCACCUAUCAUGUCAUCUCAUUCAGGUGAGAGCUCUCGAUCAAACGACUCAGCAUGGAUCCCACCAAACAAACAAUAUCAUAUUUCGCCCUCCCAAUCACUUACAAUAGCACCCCCACCUCUACUUUCGAACGGUGAUAUCUCAACUGCUGUUUAUACCCCAAUUCACACCCCCACCGCUCAACAACAAAAUAGGAUAGAUCCUCUAGAUGUGGAAAAGCAGUUAUCAGAUUGGUCACAAACUCAAAUCCAACCUGAUCUGGUAGCACCUUUACCAGCUUCAAUACAAUCAUGGAGGAGACAAGCAAAUUCACCCUUACUAUUAGGUGAAGGUCAAACUUACAGAUAUCCCUCUGAUCCUCCUCCAACUCAAGAUCAAUCACAAUUACCUAAUAAUGUAAUUGAAGCUAAUAUGAGUAGAAUGCUUUCUUCUACAAGAUCUUCUUUCUCUUCUUCUGUCCCGCCACCACCACCACCACCACCAUCGAUAUCACAUACACAAUCUACGCAAACCAACCAUCGAUUAAACCAUCAUAUGCCUCCUUGGGAAUCGCAAGGUUUCUCUGACAAAAGACCCCACGAAGCUAUCCCUCCACCAUUGCCGUGGGCAGUUGAUUACUCUUCUACCAUACCAAUCUCGAAACCCCAACAACAAGAGAUUUUACCUCCUCUGCUGAAGAUUCGAGUUCAAAAUACUGUCGCAUCCAGCCCAAUCAGUAGUCACGGUCAAAGUCAAGCACAAAGCCAAUGGACAUCAAAUCAGCCGGAAGAAGUGAGUGUCAAUCUCAAGUCCAAGAAGGAUGUAGGCAAGAAAUUUUCACUAUCGACUUCAAUCAACAAAGCUGAUUUGUUGAAAAAGGACAAAAUAAAAAAGUCAAAGACCGCCAAACCAACAAUAGAGAAUGAAAAGAUUGAUAAUAGAGAUCAUGAGGCAUCUGAUACAAGUAAACAACCUGAAAAGAAGAAAAGAAAGAUCAAAGGUAAAAAGGAGGAGAGUGGACGAAAGAAUGAAUUAGCAGAAUCAGCAAGUGCUAAAAGCAGUGUAGUCGAUAAAUCCGCUGAGUCUUCGACUCAAAAUACCAAAGCACAAAAGCAAGCUCAAGACAAGACUAAUAUUGCCUGCAAUCAUUGUCGAGCCAAGAAAUUGAAGUGCAAUGGCGAAAAGCCUAAUUGUUAUCAUUGUCAUCGACGUGGAGAGACUACUUGUUCAUAUGAAGCUGUACUUCGACGACGAGGUCCGGGUAAAAAUAACAAAGAAAAAGAAAAGGAGACUGAAAAGGGAAAAACGUCUCGAUCAAAAAACAGCAUAUCAACUUCAAAUUCCAUGGAACGUGGUUCAAGUGAGAACGUAUCCGCUUCUGUAUCCAGAAGAGGCAACUCCCCAAGAGGUGGUUCAUCUGGGUCAGAUGAUGAUGAGGAUGAGGAAGAUCAAGGAGAACAAACCCAACGCGAGGGUGAUAUUGCAGUGCAUGAACCUCAAUCAGAGUCAAACGUUAGGAUUGUGGAAAGUUUCGGUUUAGGUGGAGGUGGUGAACAUGGUCGGAUCAACGGAAGGAGACUGGACGAAACCGAAUUGCACCAAAUGAACUAUAUCUUGAAACAACAACAAAAUGCCGAUGAUAAAGUCAACGUUGGCGGUGGCUCAUUAGGUAUGGGUUUUGGUAAUAACCUAGGUCUAGGUUUAGCUUCAAAAGUAAAUAUGGGGACCGGACUCAGGGGAAGUCCAACUACCAUAACUCCAGUCACCAACUCAUCGUCUAUCUUAACGGGUUUGGGAGGUAGUGGAAGUAGAUUCGAACUAAGUACUGCUAGGGAGUAG